AUGCACUACGGGAACGUGUUAAAACAUUGCUUCAUUGCCAAUUCUGUACAACAGCACCACUUUGUGGGAUUUAAAUAUCAGCAUUUUAAAAAAUCCCUAAACGCAAAGGCGGCGCGCGAUACUGCCAGCGAGAGGCGCGGUGUUGGCCGCGCGGAAAAAAAAACAAAACACGCACACACGCGCGCCGCGAGCGGGGCCAUUCGGAAUCCGAAAAGCGGGGCGCGGGCUGCGCGCGCACUCGGCAUCGACCCGACGCGGCGGGCGACAGUUGUUAUCGGCAGUGCACGGCCGGCCGCGGCGCGGUUCGGACGCGUUGCUUGUAUGGGUGAGCUACAGUACCCCGGCGCGCCGGGCGUCGACGAUGAGAGGCAGUACCGGCCGCCGUUCCGCCGCGCGCCGCAGUACCGCUGGCCGGCGCCGCCGCCCCCCCAGCCGUCGGCCUUCGCCCCCUGGCGCAGGGCGCCCGCGCCGAGGGCCCCGGACUACCGUCGCAGCGCCUCCUACCCUGGCAAGCCCGACGAGCCUUAUCAGGUAACAUAUGUUCGCCCGCAAACGUCAGCGAACUCGCUACCAACCUCAAAAGCUUCGGCCUCUAUGGUGGAAGUAUGCCUCGAUAACGAGAUACGUUUUGACGAUUGUGUUUUGUUUGGGACAUACGAGUUCAUUUUCAACUUGCUACGACAUUGGCAACGUGUGAUUGCG